UCAAAACAAACACAAACAGCGGCAUCAGAGAAUUUCGGAUCGAAUGUUACGUAUUUUACUACCGAAUUAUUUGAAAAAAGCUGUCUAAAGCAUCACAGUGAGAUCUGUACGCUGGCCGAGUAGAUUUUCUGUCAAAUUUAAUUUUAAAUUAUGGCCCAGCCAAGAGUUCUGUAAUUUUCUCAUGGUUUCCCUCGUCGACUAACUUUGAGAGACCAAAAUGAAGAUCCAAAUCGAGGACCUGACGGUCUACUUUCCCUACGAGUACAUUUACCCUGAGCAGUAUUCAUACAUGAUUGAGCUCAAGAGGGCCAUCGAUGCCAAGGGACACUGUCUGCUGGAGAUGCCGUCAGGUACGGGCAAAACCGUGUCCCUGCUUGCCCUGAUUGUGGCGUACAUGCGGCAGAAGCCCAGCGAGGUGGUUAAAUUGGUUUACUGCUCUCGGACGGUGCCGGAGAUCGAGAAGGUCCUUGAGGAGCUGCGGAGGCUGAUGCAGUACUACGAACAGCAUGUUGAGGAGAAGCUGUCCUUGGUGGGCGUGGUCUUGAGCUCGAGGAAGAACCUGUGCAUCCACAAGGAUGUGCGGCAGGAGAAGGACGGCAAGGUGGUGGAUGGCCGCUGCCACAACCUGACGGCCUCGCACGUCCGGGAGAGACACUUGGUGGACGACUCUGUACCCAUCUGCACAUAUUUUGAGGAUUUUGAGGAUUACGGCAACGAGAGCCACCUUGAGCCAGGAGUCUACACCCUUGAUGACCUUAAGAGUUAUGGUGCUAAGAAGGGCUGGUGUCCAUACUACAUUGCCAGGCAUGCGAUUGCCUAUGCAAAUGUCAUUGUGUACAGCUACCAUUACCUCCUGGAUCCAAAAAUUGCUGAAAUUGUUUCGAAGGAUAUUCCUAAGCAGUCUGUUAUUGUUUUCGACGAGGCCCACAACAUUGACAACGUUUGCAUCGAUUCCAUGAGCGUAAAAAUUACAAGGAGACUAAUUGACAAAUGCUCAGCAAACUUGCAAGACUUAGCCAAAACCAUCAGACACAUGAAAGAAGUUGGGCCCAGAAGACUCAACGAGGAGUACCAAAAACUGGUGGAAGGUUUGAGAGAAACACAGUUAGCCCGAGAAACGGAUAUGGUUUUGGCCAAUCCUGUUCUGCCAGACCAUAUUCUUCAAGAGGCUGUGCCAGGAGGUAUCAGAGAUGCAGAGCAUUUCGUUGGUUUCUUGCGACGAUUUGUGGAAUAUUUGAAAAUCAGACUUCGAGUACAGUUCGUGGUGCAAGAAAGUCCGGCUGGAUUUCUGAAAGAUAUGAUGCAGAAGGUCUGCAUUGACAGAAAGCCCUUGAGAUUUGCCGCUGAGCGGUUAGCGUCUCUCUUGCGAACCUUGGAAAUUGCAGACCAAACAGACUUCUCGGCCCUUACAGUUGUUUCACACUUGGCCACUCUUGUGUCCUCGUACACUAAGGGAUUUGUCAUUAUUGUUGAGCCUUUUGAAGACAAAACUCCAAACAUUCCCAAUCCCAUCCUUCACUUUCGAUGUUUGGACGCAUCAAUUGCUGUGAAACCAAUUUUUGACCGUUUUCAAACUGUUGUGAUCACCUCUGGCACACUGUCUCCAUUGGACAUGUAUCCCAAAAUCCUCAACUUCCAACCGAAAGUGAUGACUUCUUUCUCGAUGACCCUUGCAAGGCCAUGCUUGCUACCCAUGGUUGUGUCCAAGGGAAAUGACCAGGUAGCAAUUUCGUCCAAGUUCGAGAGCCGCGAAGAUCAGUCUGUAGUGCGCAACUACGGUCAGCUGUUAGUUGAGGUGGUCAAGACCGUGCCCGAUGGGGUGGUGUGCUUUUUCACGUCAUACAUGUACCUGGAGAGCGUGGUGGCCGCGUGGUACGAUCAGGGCAUCGUGACCUCCCUGCAGAGGCACAAGUUACUUUUCAUCGAGACACAAGACCCUGCCGAGACCAGUCUGGCGCUUCUUAAUUACAUCAAGGCAUGCGACUGCGGCCGUGGCGCCAUUUUGCUCUCGGUGGCCAGGGGCAAGGUCAGCGAGGGCGUUGACUUUGACCACCACCUCGGCAGGGCCGUCCUUAUGUUCGGCAUCCCGUAUGUCUACACUCAAUCUAGAAUUCUCAAGGCCAGACUCGAGUACCUGAGAGACACUUUUCAAAUUCGAGAAGGUGACUUUCUCACUUUUGAUGCGAUGAGGCAUGCAGCACAGUGCGUCGGCAGGGCUAUCCGUGGAAAAACAGAUUAUGGCAUCAUGAUCUUUGCUGAUAAGAGGUUUUCUAAUGAGGACAAAAGAUCAAAGCUUCCAAGAUGGAUUCAAGAGUACCUAACAGAUAAUCUCAGCAACUUGUCCACAGAAGAGGCCAUUCAGUUUUCCAAACGGUGGCUUAAGCAGAUGGCACAGCCAUUCACAAGAGAAGACCAACUUGGAGUAUCCCUGCUGACUUUGGAGCAGCUACAAAGGGAGGACUUGCAGAGCAUCCAACAAAAGGCAAAAGUCAGGAUAACGUAAUAAAAUGUCAUUUUAUAUGGUGGCAAGAAUUUGCAGCAAUUAUAUCACAGCUUUUAAAAUAAACAUGAAUUGCAUUU